UUGGAGUGGAGGGUGCGGUGCUCUCUUCUCUGCGCUGCAACCGCUGUUGCUGCAGGGGGAGCAUCCGUCCACAGGCUGCAGUGUUUCGGUCGCAUCUUCGUCCCUGCUCCGUUUUUCAUCUAAUCGCAUUUGCAAGACCGCCCAGGAAUACAUUCAUUAAUAAGAGGGGCGAGCUCUGUGCAGGAGGGAGGAGAACCUACCAGCCUACAGUCAGCGCUUUAACCGAGAUGGGGAAGACUCUUACUCAUUUCUGUGACUGUCUGCAUGGUUUCUGGAGAUGCAGGUGCCUAGAGAGGUUGAUCGUUCAAUGACUCGAUAAAGGCUGCGAGGUUCUUAGGAUGCGGUCCUUGAGGAAGACGGUGUUGCUCGCCAUCCUGGUGUCUGUGGUGUUGGUACUGGCUCUUCUGCACUCGUGGCCCACUCGAGUCUACAGCACAGUGGAUGUAUGGCAACGGCCAGGGUCUUUUGUAGAGAGGCAACUGGAGGAGAAGCUCGUAGAAGCAGACCAGAGACUAAGCACUAUCCCCUUUCAUGUGAAGGAUAAUGUGGCAAGCUUGCUGGCACGUAAUCGGUGCGUAUGCGAGGGCGAAAGUGGAGGAGUAAACCUGCCCUUCUCACAACUCUUAUUUCCACGGGUGUCGGCUCACCCGCUGCACACUGCCUUUGAGGCCUCCGAGCUGGAGGAAAUGAAGAGGAGACGGGCCAAAGAGUACAGGAGUUUUCAGAAGAGGUCAAAGACCCCUGCAGACGUACUCAUAAUCGCAGAGGCAAACAACCCCUUACAGUAUCCAACGCAGGGGGUGGAGGUACGACCCCUGAAAACAAUCAUUAUCCCAGGACUGGCCUUCCACGACCUUCCCAGAGAACAUUACUCAAUAAAUAUCACUGCCACGCUGGGAACAUUGAAUGUGGCUGCAGAGGUAGAGGCGGUCAAAGUUAAAGGCGACGGCGAGAUGCACAUGACUCUAUCAAGCAGCCAGCUGCCCAACCUGAACCGUCAGCUGCAGUUUGUCACCUACACAAACACGCUGUUUCAUCCCAGCACAGUGGACACAGUGCAAUUUGAGACAGAGGGCCAUCAAGCCGUCUUCAGCAUCAAGAUUCGUCACGGUGUAACGCCUAAACUAUACAACACUGGAUCCAAAGGAGAGUACAAUGUCAGCGCCCUGGUGACCAUCGCCACAAAGACCUUCCUGCGUUAUGAUAAGCUUCAAGAUCUCAUCGACAGCAUCAGAACAUACUAUCCUACGGUCACUAUAGUAAUCGCAGAUGACAGUGAAAAUCCCAAAACAAUAUCUGGGCCUUACAUCGAACAUUACAUCAUGCCCUUUGGAAAGGGUUGGUUUGCUGGAAGAAACUUGGCCGUCUCCCAGGUGACCACGAAGUAUGUGCUGUGGGUAGACGACGACUUCAUCUUCACAUCCAACACGAAGCUGGAAAAGCUUGUGGAUGUUUUAGAAAGGACUACUCUAGAUCUGGUGGGCGGAGCGGUGCGGGAGGCCACAGGGUACACUGCCACCUACAGACAGACCAUAUCCAUCGAGUCGGGAGAGGAAGACGGCGACUGUUUGCAUAUGAGGAGAGGUUUUCAUCACGUCAUCCAAGGCUUCCCCAACUGUGUUGUGACCGACGGGGUCAUCAACUUCUUCUUGGCUCGCACCGACAAAGUGCAGCAGGUCGGCUUUGACCCACGUCUUGCCAGAGUAGCUCACCUGGAGUUUUUCAUCGAUGGCCUGGGGUCGCUCCACGUCGGCUCUUGUGAUGAUGUCAUCGUGAACCACGCCUCCAAAAUCAAACUUCCCUGGGUAAGCCAGUCAGAGAGCGAUAAGACUUACGCCAAGUUCCGUUAUCCAACAGCGACCUCUGACGCCACGCACACAAAAAACGGCCUCCUGUUCUUCAAGAACCGAUUCCAGUGUUUGACUCAUAAUUAGCCCACCCCCUCUUCUUCAUCCCGAUGGUUCCUCUGCUCUUCUUGAGUUGCCAAAGAAGUUUUCCUCUUCUGCGCCCUGUCAGAUAAGAUUUCAGACAAACACUUUGGUUUUACCUUUUUCCUCAAAAACCCUGAAAUGGUUUUUUAGGCUUCAGCCUCUACAGCAGCAUGUUUUAUCUGUCAGUGUGCUGCUCUGCAGCGAGCAAAAAAAAAUCUGCUUAUAUACAGAAGCCUGAUGUCAAAGUUUAGACUUUCUUCUGGAGCGAAAACAGGAGAAAAUGAGCUGUAGUAUAAAUCACCUUAGAACCCUUAUUAAUGCGGGGUUAUGAAACGGAUUGUCAAAUCUUAUCUGGCUAUAGAUCCUCAAGUUGUUAAAACACAAAGACCAAGCUUUGGGCGAAACCCAAGAGGUAGCAUCCAGACAGUCUGUGUCACUUUCUAGUCAUCGUGAUGUGGGUAGAGGUACAUGUGUUCACCUUCAAUUUGCACUAUCCAAAAAUAGACUGAGUUUUGGAAAAGCAAUAGUGGUGUCUGAGAGCCUGAGAACAAGGACAAACAGACACUUCCCAGAAAGUGACAGUCCUGUGAACUCAGAGCAUAGGUAUCCCUUCCCACCAGUGCCACAUGAAGAACGCGUUCAGAGUCCUCUUGUCUGUUUUACCUAAACUCUGUGACAGACCGGUUGUGCCAAAGGUUUGGCUGCUGGCCUUUGGGUUGUUGUUCUUUUUGUGUUUUGUUUUUGUAUCAUGUGUGAGAGGUAAAUCGUAUCUGAAGAGGAGAAAUAUUUCAGCCAUAACUGGUGUUAGCUGAUCUGGGAACUGGGAAGCCUUGUAUUUUCACUGAUUUGUUUUUUGUUUUAUUUUUGUCUUCUGUCAUCUUUUUUCUGUCUUCAACGAGCAUCUAAAGAGGAGCAUCUACAUGUGUGCUUACAUAUAUGUUCAUUUUCCAUCAUGAUAGAAGUGAUGAGAGGGUGAGGAUGAGCUGACGUACUGACACAACAUGGAAGAGCAGGAGAGGAUAACUGUGACAGUAGAAUGAGUAAAGGAGACGAGGUAAAGCACUGAGAUCAUGUUUUUAUAAUGUCGGAUCCUGAUGUGACGAUGCUGUUAUUUUAUACCAUAGCUUUCAGAUGGCGCCCUUUUAUCACUGUAUUGCUUCCUUAUGGGUCAAACACAUUUUUAACUUGUCGUUUGUUUUUAGCAAUGAGGUGCCAGAGAACUAGUUAUUUUUAACUGUUGUUCAUCACAUCGUGACGUGAAGUUCUUUUGACAGGAAGCUGACAUCCAUGAAAACAGGUGUCAUAAUAAAAGUUUUUUUGUGUAGCUGUGUGUUGAAAAAAAAAUGGUCUCACGUUAGGAUUGGUAACUGUUGACAGACCUAUAACACAGCUGAACACUUUUUUUUAACGGUGACAUCCAUUGUGAUCACAGAAAUAUAUCUUGCCUGCUUCACCCCAGAAAAAACACUUGUAUCAAUUGUUUUAUGCAGCACAUGAAUAGUUUUUUUAAUUUAUUUAUUUGUUUAAUAUGUUAUUAAAAAUGUCUGUGGGGAAAAA